AUGCACGUCUGUCAAUACAGAGGGAAAGAUCACCUCUGUUUCUUCCAGGGAAUCCAACAGAAUGGAUACUGCAGAGGUCACGGUGUCAUCAUGGACGAGCAUUAUCAUAUUGUCAAGACCGUUGUCCCCGGCGGAGGAAUGGCUGCCAGCGACAUGCACGAGUUCAAACUCAUAAAUAACGGCAAGACAGCCUUGAUGACUGUCUACCAGCAACGACAGUUCGACAUGAGUAUUUGGAACGUCAAAGGCGGCAUGGGCUGGCUGAUGGAGAGCGUCUUCCAAGAAGUAGACGUGGAAACCAACAAGGUUCUGUUUGAAUGGAGAUCGCUCGAUCACGUCGACCCGUCUGUCAGCUAUACAUACCCUGGCCAUACGGAUACGUCAGGCACCGGGCUGGAACCGCGCUCCCCCUGGGACUACUUUCAUAUCAACUCUGUCGAUAAGAACGCAGAUGGGGACUAUCUCAUCUCCUCACGCCACACAUGCGCAAUCUAUAAAAUAUCAGGCAAGGAUGGAUCCGUAUUAUGGCAACUACAUGGCGCAAACCCAUCUUUCAAGAAUAUCAACUUCAGCUUCUCGCAACAACAUGAUGCCCGGUGGCUCACCGAGAACGGAACACAUACCUUGCUGUCAUUGUACAACAACGGAUUCAACGGCUUCAACAGGACGCAUGACUAUUCAUCAGGCAUGCUGAUAUUGAUUAAUCAUGUGGAUCAGACAGCCACGCAGUUACACGAAUAUGGCCCCCAAAACCACGACAUGAUCAGCUCCAGUCAGGGUAACAUGCAAGUUCUACCGAACGGAAAUGUCUUUAUAGGCUGGGGGAACAAUGCCUACGUUUCCGAACAUGAUGCGGAGGGGAACCUGCUUCUAUGGGGCUACAUUGACAAAGGCCGAAUCAUGAACUACCGCGCCCAGAAGUUCCAUUGGGAGGGCAACCCAACAGAUAUCCCGGCUCUCUGGACCUAUUCCAAGACGACUGACGCCGCCUCGCCCACUACCUUCUACGUCAGCUGGAAUGGCGCCACGCGCGUGAAGCACUGGCGAUUCUACGGCUUGAACAACUCCACCGAUAACUACACGCUCAUACAUCAGUCGCCAAAAGACGGGUUUGAGACCUCGUACACGGCAUCUGAAUUCUAUCGCUUCACAUAUGCGGAGGCUAUCGACGCGCAGGGAAAGGUUCUCGGCAAGUCACGCGAGCAGUUUACCUUUACUCCUUCGCCUGCUCUCCAGGAGUAUUGCAGCGACACGACCUGCGAGAACACGCAGGCGUAUGGAGUCCCCGGCGAGGAGGACGCAAAGGCGAUAAUCCCUCAGAUUGGCCUUAAUACGGUUCCUUGGGUAGAUCCUGAUCAACCAGGAGUUCAUCUCAACUGGGGAAACAAGUGGCCCCCUGCACCCGAAAAUGAGCCUUCGGGUGCCCUGAAGAAUGCUUAUAACCGGGUUGGAUGGGUCGCACCGUCCUUAGGCAUCAUUCUGACUGUCGUCGCCAUCUAUGUGGUGGUUCGUGUGUAUAGAAGACGCCCGAACUCCAGCGGCAUGCGGCGGAGGUCGUCCGAAGCGCUUGGGGCCAAAGAGUCGAAAGCUUCAUUGCGCGUUUCGAGUUUACUGUGGUGGAGCCCGCGUCGCUGGAGGCAAACUGAGCCAGCACGCUACUUUCCAUUAUCGGAGGAACAAGGGCGCAUACGCUGA